AAUUGUUUAGGGGCAUUAGAUGGGACUUACAUUAAUGUAAAUGUGCCUUCACAAGAACGACCAAAGUAUAGAACAAGAAAAGGAACAAUUGCUAUGAAUGUAUUGGGUGUUUGUGCACCCAAUAUGCAAUUUAUUUAUGUUCUUCCUAGUUGGGAAGGUUCGGCCCAUGAUAUGCGUGUACUUCGCAAUGCUCUCUCUAGACCAAACGGUUUUAGGGUACCUCGAGGUAAGUGAAGCUCAUCAUUCUUUUGUGAGUGUAUAAGUUUUGUUAGUUUUGGUAGGUAGUAAUCCGUUUCUUUAAUAACUUUGAAGGUAAUUAUUAUUUGGUUGAUGCGGGAUAUACGAAUUGUGAGGGCUUUCUUGCUCCAUAUAGAGGUCAAAGAUACCAUUUAAAAGAAUGGACGGAUCAACAACCCGAAAGUGCCGAGGAGUUCUAUAACAUGAAACAUGCUAGGGCGCGAAAUGUGAUUGAGAGAUGUUUUGGCCUGCUUAAAGGAAGAUGGAGUAUUCUUAGAAGUCCUUCAUUUUUUCCUAUUAGAACUCAUGGGCAUAUCGUGAUGGCUUGUUGCUUAUUGCAUAAUCUAAUUAGAAAAUUCAUGCCUACGGAUGAUAUAAACGAAGAUGAAUUGAAUGAAUCCGAUGAUGAUUCCGAAAGUGAUUCCGAUGAUGAAAGGGAAUUUAUUACAAGUGUUGCUACUUCGGAUCAUUGGACCAAUUUUAGAAAUAAAUUAGCCCAAGAUAUGUUUAAUGAUUGGAGGGCGAGAGGUAGACAUGGUCAAUAGCAAACAAUGAUGGAGACUAGCAAUCGAGGAAGAGGUAAAAAUAAAAGGUAUUGGACGUAUGAAGAAGAUGCGGUUCUAAUAAGAUAUUUGCAUGAGUUGAGUUGCGAUCCGAAGUGGAAGUGUGAUAAUGGGUUUAAGAAUGGUUACAUGAAUAAAUUGGAAGAGAUGAUCAAUGGUGUACUUCCUAAUUGUGGCUUGAGAGCGGUUCCCCACAUUGAGUCGAGGAUCAAGAAUUGGUCGGAGAAAUAUAGUGCAUUUGCAGAAAUGCUAUCCACCUCAGGAUUUGGAUGGGAUGCUGAACAGAAAUUGUUGCAAGUAGACAAGGCCGUGUACGAUGAAUGGGUGAAGACUCAUAAGAAAGCUAAGGGGUUGUAUGGAGUUCCAUUCGUUCAUUAUGAAACUCUAGCAGAAAUAUAUGCAAAAGAUAAAGCUACUGGAGAUGUAAGUGAGUCAUUCGUUGAUGCCAUAGAAGGUAUUGAUCAAGAGAUUGAUAAGCAACCAUUGAUUGUCGAGAGUGAUGAAGAAGAUGAUGUGAAUUCUACUAAUUCGGACACUUAUUCUUCUACAAGUCAAUCCGGAAAACGCCCCGUGAAGAUAGAGGAUGAUCAUAUAACUCCUUCAAAAAUGGCAAAACGCUCUAUAAAGGCAAAGGAGGUUAAGGUGAAAGGAAAGAACAAGGUAAAUUUGAAGAGUUUGUGUAGGAAUGAUGAUGAUGAUUUGGUGGCCUCUCUCCAUGAUGUUUCCAACAAUUUUGGGAAGAUAUUUGAAAAUAUCAAUGUUAAUCUCGGGACUAUGGCUAGUGCAUGGUCUAAAGCGGAAGAAAGGGAGCAAAGGAUGGAUGAAAAGGUGAACAAGGUAUUGGAUGAGGUGAUGAAGUUAGAUGGCAUUUCUCCAUCCAAAGCUUUAGAGGUUGCUACUAUUCUCAUGGCGGAAGAACAUAAGCUUCGUAUCUUCUAUCAAGCACCAUUUAACAUGAAAAAACAAUAUGCAAUUGAUCUUCUUAAGAAGAAGUAGCAUUUGAUUGUUGUCAUGUCUUUGUUUUUUUGUUGAACAUUUGCAACUUGAGCAAUACAAGUUAUGUGUUGGGAUUAUUCAUAUAAUGAUGGACAUAUUAUUAGUCAAUGUUUGGAUAAUUAAUGAGUGCCAACUUUGCUUUGUAUAUAUAUAUUGUUUUUUUUUAACCGUAAAAUAUGUAGCAUAGACAAUAUUUUUAUCUAGGUUAUUUUUUUAUUUUUUUACCCGUAAAAUAUGAGCAUAGACAAUAUUGUAUUAUUCA